AUGAUCGGCGUCUCUAUGUACUCAAUACAGCCUUUGUGGGUGGUGUUAAGUGUGCUAUCAUCACCAGCAGUCGCACAAGGUGUACUUAAUAGUGUCGACAGCCAGGAUGGAGAUGGCAAAACAGAGUCAUCUUCGACGACGCCGAGUGUUUCCUCUAAAGGAAUGAUUAUUUUGUGCACCAUCGUGGCAUUGGUGUUGGUUAUUGGUGUUUUAUUCACCGCUGUGUUCAUUACUGUAAAGAAGAGGAGCUUGAAGACACCAAAGACAGCCUCCUUACCAGGUGAAGCAGUCACAGAGGCCACGGAAAGAUCGUUGAGCGGCAAUACACCGACCGAAAGGGACGGAGCUAGAUCCAAAACUUUGAAACACGAAGAGAUUCAACCAGAUAUAGAGAAGAAUGCUGGCGUUGAGCAAAGCCGACCGCACAAAAAUGCUUGGACGAAGCAAAGAGGAUGGGGAUCCUACUUUUCUUUCGGACGCGCAUAA